AGAAGCUUCUCAGAGAAGCACAUGGUCUCUACUCAUGAGGCAACACUUCUCGUCAGUAACUGCUUGGGAAUUAAAUGUUAUUCUAGAGGGCGAUUAAGACAGAAGCGGCUUGUGUCUCUGUCAAUAUUGUCCUGUUUUUCUAACCUUUCAAUCCCCCCACCAUUUUCUAUUAAUCUUCGCCAGGAGGAUUCUCGUCCUCUGGAUAAUCUCGUUGAAUGAGCAAAGACGCGCCGAGUUGAACCAGCUGUUAGGGAUCCCUGACGCGCCGCUUGCAAGCGCACUUGAUCACAUUUCAGGAAGUCCCUUUCUUUUUAUUUCGGGGAGGGUGGGCCGGCUCUUGAAGAUCAGCUGUUGCCUGACUUGUGGCUGUAUGAUGGUUGAUCUGCAGUAGAGACGCUUCAGCAUCAUGAGCAUCCAGAGCAAGAGGAGUCUGAAGUUUAUUCUGACAGCACUUCAGACUUUGACUGUCUGCUGGUUGAUGUGUGACAAGGUUCACUCUGCAGAAGCUGGAUUUAAGCCACCACAUCUUUCAAGCAACCUACAGGGAAUCUUUUGGGUGUCGUUGUUGAAAAAGAAUCAACAACAAAGUCGAAACAUUCUGAGACAACGGUGCCUCUUCAGCUUGUUGGACAAGAAUGGAAACCAGUCAGCAAGCUCACAUCACAGAGUCACCCUGUGUCGCUGAAGCUCUCGGUGGUGGUGGAAGGAGAGCAGCUGGUCCUGGCUCUGGAGAAAAACGAGGGGCUGUUUGCUGGUAACUAUAUGGAAACCCAUUACCUGGAAGACGGCAGUGCAGUCACAGGCCCUCCCAACUUCACGGCAAACUGCUACUACCAUGGAAAGGUGGAGGGCCACCUGGAGUCAGAUGUCAGUCUCAGUACUUGCGCUGGGAUUAGAGGCUUCAUAUAUCUUGGAGGCAGAUCCUACAUGCUGGAACCGUGUGCUAACUGCUCUGAUGGGAUUCACUGGAUCUACUCAGCAGAACACCUAAGCUUUAUUCCUGGCACCUGCGGUCAUGGUUUUAACGUUUCCCACCCGGUUCUGUAUACAGACAUCAGUCCAUUCAAGGCAUUCAGCACAAGACAUAAACGGCACCUCCAGACAGCGACCAAAUACGUGGAGCUCAUCAUUGUUGCUGACAACAGAGAGUUUCAGAAACAAGGCAAAGACAUUGACAAGGUCAAACAGCGGCUGGCUGAGAUCGCCAAUUACGUGGACAAGUUCUACAGAGCUUUGAAUAUCCGAGUUGCACUGGUUGGACUGGAGGUAUGGAGUGAUGUGGACAAGUGUCCCAUUACACAGGACCCCUUCACUACUCUGCAUGAGUUUCUGGAUUGGAGGAAGGUCAAAUUACUGCCUCAGAAGCCUCAUGAUAAUGCCCAGCUAAUCAGUGGGGUGUAUUUCCAGGGCACUACUAUCGGCAUGGCACCCAUCAUGAGCAUGUGCACAGCAGAGCAGUCAGGAGGAAUUGUCAUGGAUCAUUCGGACAAUCCUCUGGGUGCUGCAGUCACUUUGGCCCAUGAACUUGGACACAACUUUGGAAUGAAUCACGACACACCAGAAAGGGGAUGUGGAUGUAGAGUGACAGUGGAUCGUGGCGGCUGCAUCAUGACUCCUUCCACUGGGUAUCCCUUCCCAACCGUGUUCAGCAGCUGCAGCAAGAAGGACCUGAUGGCAAGUUUUGAGAAGGGAGUGGGGAUGUGCCUGUUCAACAUGCCGGAGCUCAAAGUGCUCUACGGUGGGCAGAAAUGCGGCAAUGGCUACGUGGAGGAGGGAGAGGAGUGCGACUGCGGGGAGGUGGAGGAAUGCAUGAAUCCCUGCUGCAACGCUACUACCUGCACUCUGAAAGGCGAUGCUGUCUGUGCACAUGGGCACUGUUGCCAGGGCUGCCAGCUGAAGCCAGCAGGAACUCCGUGCCGUGAGCCCAGUAACUCCUGUGAUCUGCCCGAGUUCUGCACAGGCGGCAGUCCCCACUGUCCUGCCAACGUCUACUUGCACGACGGCCACUCCUGCCUCAACGUUGAUGGCUACUGUUACAACGGCAUUUGCCAGACCCAUGAGCAGCAGUGUAUCACACUGUGGGGCCAAGGAGCCAAGCCAGCUCCAGGAAUCUGCUUUGAAAGGGUCAACUCAGCAGGGGACCCUUAUGGCAACUGUGGCAAGGAUUCAAAAGGCUCCUUUGCAAAAUGUGAAGCACGCGAUGCAAAAUGUGGAAAAAUCCAGUGUCAAGGUGGAGCAAACCGGCCAGUUAUUGGCACAAACGCUGUUUCCAUCGAAACAAAUAUACCCCUGCAGGAAGGUGGAAGGAUAUUGUGCCGAGGUACGCACGUCUACUUGGGUGAUGACAUGCCUGAUCCAGGCCUGGUCCUAACGGGGACAAAGUGCGGAGACGGAAUGAUGUGUCUGAAUCGUCGGUGCCAGAACGUCAGCGUUUUUAGUGUGCAUGAGUGUGCAGCCAAGUGCAGCGGUCGAGGGGUGUGCAAUAGCAACAAAAACUGUCACUGUGAGGCUCACUGGGCUCCUCCCUUCUGUGACAAAGCAGGUUUUGGAGGAAGUGUGGACAGCGGCCCCAUCAGGCUGGCAGACAGCAGGAAUCUGGCUGUGGGUAUCCUGGUGGCUCUCCUCACCGUGCUGGUAGCAGCUCUGAUCAUCUGCGUCAAGAGGAAAACCCUGAUUGGCCUCUUGUUCACCAGCAAAAAGGAUCAAAUGGAGAAGCUCAGCAGAUCAGAAAGCGCUCCAGUCAACGGACCGCCGGCUCCAAAGCAGCACCUUUCUUCUCCAACCCGACCAGCCCCACCUCUACCCCACAGUGCCACUAUCUUCAAGUCUCCUCAGCGGGCGACAGAUGCAGCGCCCCCGGCGGCUCCCUACCCGUCCCACAGUCUGCACAGACUCCCCCAGUGCCCUCCAGUUCACCUCAGCCACCCGGUCCCUCUGUCUCUCACUUUGUCCCUCACCCCCGGGCCCAGGCAGCCGAGGCCCCCAGCGCCUCCACCCCACCGGGCCCCUCUGCCUCACACCCACAUGGCACCAAGGGGGACGUCAUUUCGCAGCGUGUCACACCAUAACUCUUGCCGGAUGGUCAUGGAGCUCGAGAAGCCUAGUCCUCCUCAAAAACCUCUGCCUGCUGACCCAAGGACCUCCCGGCUGGUGCGGAGUCCGUCUGGUGUUCAGAGCAGCACUUUAGUCCGAGGGUCUUCUGCAGUGUGUGGCUCUGCAGCGGCUCCUGGUGCCUCCAGACCUGCACGCCCUGUACCACACCCCAACAAGCCAAGUCCCAAUCAUCCUCCGACGCUACCAAAGCCUUGCAUCAUCGCCAACGUCAGAUACAGCAGCUGAGACUUUGGCCAGAGGGGACAAUUUUUUUUGUAACAAAAACCAAUUUAAAAAACAAAAUUGCACUAUGAAAACUCUGAGAAUCCCACAUAAAAAAAAGUGACAGAGGCACCUCUGAGUUGUGAACCAUGAGAUUUGCUGAGUCCCUUUUAGUGCUUUGCCUCUGAAUGGUGCUACAAGUCUGCGCUCAGGUAGAUGUAAAGUAUUUAUAAUUGCGUAUUUAUUGCCACCCAGUGCACUGUGCCAGACACUUUUACUACACGGUAACAACUUUGGCUCUUUUUUAUCUCACUUUUUUUUAUAUUUACACUGAUGUAUUUUGAAGGAGGAAAAAGAGUAUGAAAAACAUUUCUGUGAAUCGUUUAGAAGUGCAGUGGCUUUUAAAAUGUUUGAUAAUCUUUUAGGUUUUUAAUAUUUUAUCACUGAAAGUUCAGUUUAAUGGUAUGUUAUAUGAAUGACCAAACCAAAGUCCUGUACCAUUGUGAAGUAGACGUAAAAUGAUGCAUUUUAGUUUACCACAAUCUAUGAUGGGGACCCUGCGAACGUGUGGAAGAAGAUUAGAUAAUGAAGAAAUUGAACUCUUUGCCCUUUAUACAACAUCUUUGGAGAAAAUUAGAAUGACCUAGUCAAAGUAAAUACCAGAAUCCAACAAAGAAUCUAUUUUCACAGAUGUCCUCCAUCCAGUCUGCCUGAGCUUAAGUUAAUUUGCGUAGAAGAACUGGCAGAAAGUCUUGAGAUGUGCAAACCUGGUAGAGCAGCGACCCAAAAGACAUAUAGAGCAAAAGAAGAUUCAACUCAUGGGGGCCUGGAAGCAAGUGCAUUCAGCUUUUUCUUGUCAAAUAUCUUGAAUAACAUGCUUUAUUUUUCUUCCACUUCACAAUUAUGCAUUGCUUUGUGUUCAACUAUCAUAAAAAAUUAUCAAUUAAAUUUAUAAAAGUAUAUGGUCAUAGAUAAGUGAAAGACUUUUGAUGGAUAUUCUACUGUGACAAAAUGUGAAAAACCUAAAGGAUUAUGAUUUUUUUUAUUUACAAGGCACUGUGGAUGUCUUUCUGUAAAACGUUUAAAAAAGGGAACUCUUGACGUUAUGGUUUCGUUCUCUAAACUACAUGUGGAGCUUAAAAUGAGUAUUUUGCAAUGACUGAUGAUGUCUGUAAGGUUUCUUGAAGAGGAAUGCUCUGUGUAGCAUCUUGAGCCAAUCUGGAAAGCCUUGAAACAACCAGAGAAACACAGAUAGUUGUGUUACAACCUCAGCUCCGCAGCACACUCUCCCAUCAGGGGGUAUUGUAUUGGGCUCCUUUUCCUUCAUCUGCAUCACAAAAAGUUAAGUAAAGCCAGAACCAAACUCUGAUCUAAAACAAGUUGAAAUCAAGAACCUGUGAAACAUGGUGUCUGCGUAUGUUUGUGUGUUUUUUGUAAGAGUUUGACUCUAUGCCUUUCUGCACAAAUGACUCCGAUUUACCCAUGAAAUCAUUGCUCAUAUGUAAACAGCAGCUGUUCAGCUGUGGCUUUCAUGAAAAUGCUGUUUUUACUUUGACAGUUAAACGACAGUUUCACUUUAAUAGUUCAAGUGUCCGGUGAGCCAUCUUUAAUCCGUAGCAUCCAUAAAUAAGGAUGGGGCUGUUUGUUUGUUUUUUAUGUUUUGCUUUUUUACUUUGGCUUUAUUUAGAAAAUCAGUUUACAUGUUUUUUUAUCAUCUUUGAUGAAGAAAUUGUUUACUUGACUGCAGUUCAGUAUGUAUCUACAUGCACACGGAAAAUACUUUGCAUGCAUAUUAUUUUUAGUUUCAGUUAUUUUUUACUCUGCAUUCACUUGCCUUUUCUCUGUGCUCAUGUACAACGUACGUUAUGUAUGUUUGUUGUAUUACAGGUGAACACAUUUUCACAUGUUUUUUUUUUUUUUUUUACUAAUGACUAUUUGAUACUUUACAUGUAAAGAAACCCUGAAGUGUCAUUCACCAAGUUCAAUCACACAGGCAGCAUUAGUAAAGCUGUUUUAAUAAAGAGGACAGUUCCUGGGUUUUCGUGUGCGUGUUCACAUUAUGACUGGAGUCAUAAGAAUGUUAAGAGCAUAAAGCAGGGUUCAUACACAGUCUGGAAAGUUUGGAAUUUGAUUUCAGUAUAGUCCUCAGAAUAAGUGUGGUAAAAUACAACCUUAUUGCCUAUUCCAUUGUCUCAUAGUUGGCUUUACUCCCAUCCUUCCUUUCAUCCUUGUGGUUCUUAAUUCUCUUCUUCCUCAUCCUUAUUUUUUCCUUUCCUAAUUUCUUUGUUAGGAAUUUUUUCUUUUUUCUGUCCUUCCUUCCUUCCUAUCUCUUUUUCCCAGGUUCUUUAAUUAAAACCAGCCAGGCAAUCUGCCAUAAUUUCAUGGUGAGAUUUUUCUGAUUUAAUCAAAGGAAGGUAAAGGACUGAGAAGUCUAGAAAGUUGUCUGGAAAUCCAUAGAACUAUGCAAGAUUAUACAUCAAACCUUAAACCAGUUUAUUAGAAAAUGUCAAUGUUAAAUAAAACCAAUAUAUAUAUUUUUUUACGGAAAUAUCAGUCUACUGAAAGCAUGUCCAUAUAGUCUGUGAUAUAUAUAUCCUGUACUCAUUCAGAGCAUCAAUGCCACGAUCAUCGGCUGAAGAGUAAGUACUAAAUUCAGAAUCUACUUGGAACCAUCAAGAUAAUUUUAUUUUCUUAUUUUCUUUCUUACAGUGUCUCUGGUUGAGGUGUGGCUUAACACAAGGAUUGUGACAAUUGCCACACCUUGUGAUAUCUACAAUCCCUAAAUCAUCAAAGACUUUACAAUCUUGCCAGUUGUGUUUUCUGGGUUCCACUUUUUACCUCACUUUAUUUCUUCCACUUUACUUUCCAUUAUGAAGUUGGCCACAGCCAUCAGUAAAUAGCUAGUUCUUUUGCUAUAUCCUGCUGCUUACUUUUCUGGUGGAGUUUGUCAGUGACCUCUGGAUGGCUUUCAAGUCGGCAUUAUACUAUAGUGUAGUAUAAUGUUUCUGUAUUAAAAAUAUUUUUAUUAGUCUUUUGGAAGAAAAAAAAC